GACACCAGCGGAACUGUUUCCUGGUGAGCCUGUUUACCUGCAACACAGACAGGCACGCAUGUGGGUUUAACGAUGGCUAGUGUAGAUGUAUUGAGCGUGCUGGAGGAGUGCGUAAAGAAAAUAAAUGCCAACACAGCCCACCCAGAGAGCUUUCUGAGCCUUCAGGAUGAAGUGGCAGCAGACUUCACAUCUCUCACUAAGACCCUGUAUGACCUCCACAAAGCCCAGGAGCCUGCAGAUUAUAAAGGCAGCCCUUUGGAUCAGCUGGUGGUGGAACACUUUGACGAAGAGCAGAUUUGGCAGGAGCUGGAGCUACAGAACAACGCUGUACUGAAACACUUUAAAGAUGUAGCUGAGGAGGCCUUGUCAGAUGAGACAUUGCAUUUGCUGGUAGAGGAAGAGGACAGUGCUGAGGAAGAAGUAGAAACUCAUGAUGAAAAUGCAGAGGAUGAGGAGGAGCCACCUAGACAGUCUAAGAAAAAGGCUGUGGAGCCUGAGGACGGGGCCGAGGGUAACACAGAUGAGGACUCGGAUUUAGAUUUUGAUGUGGAUGCUCUGGAGAAGCGAGAGAAACAGAAAAAGCUGAUUGGUAUGAAAGCCUCCAAAACAAAGGUGGUUCCCUCUGAGGUCGAUGAUACAUUCUUCAAACUGUCAGAGAUGGAGUCUUUUCUUGAUGUUAUGGACAAGCAAGAAGGAAAAGAUGAUAAGAACGAAGAUGAGCUAGAUUAUUUUCAGGACCUGCCCUCGGGUGAUGACGAUGAAGAUCUCGGCAUAGAUCAACUACUUUCUGCCAAAAAACGAAAGACUGUAAAGAGCUCCAGGAAUCUCAAGUACAAGGACUUCUUUGAUGCUGUUGACGGUGAACCAGCUAAAGCAGGUGAGCAGUCAGAUGGCGAGGAUGACAGCAUUGAAGAAGAAGGUGAAGAAGAUGAUGAGGCAGAUGAUUCCGACGGCGAAGAGGAGGGUGAUGAUGACGAUGAAGAGGGAAAUCAGUCGAAAGCACCCCGUAAGAAAGUGAGCUUUAAACUCCUUGGAGACGAGGACAGCGAGGGAGAGGACUUGGUCGACAUUUUGGGAGGAAAAUCUGCAAGCUCAGUAAAGACUGAAUCAAAGUCAUCAUUUGAGAAACGGCAAGAAAAGGUAAGAAGCUUUGGAACAUUUAUUUGGCUGUCUGUGUUGCUCGAAUGGGGAGUCCGAAUAGAGUUUUAA